CUUUCCUUUUUUUUGUGCUUUUUUAACAUGUAUAAGGGAGAGUGGGGAGAGGAAGGGAGAGGAAGACAAGGUGUCGAGCCAAAGGUGAAGUUGCGGAGAGGGAAAAGAAGGACGCAGCCAGCCGUGCUGUUACGAUAUUACUCAUAUUCAAAUUAUUAACUAACUACCAUUCACGAACUCCCCUUAACCACGGCGCAUAGGGUUCGGCUAUGAAUCGUCCCAUUCUACGCGCCUGUUAUCGAUCAUCUUUUACUUCUGGCGCAUAUCCUGCUACCCAGACCCUUUUCUCGACCCCGCGAUUUCUGACUCCCCUCCGCGCUGUUCUAAUCCCUCGGAAUCACCGCCAACUGCCCCAGUCCCGACGAACCAUGACCACCACCAACAAUCAUCAGUCGGCCAGCGCGCCACGGGAUCCCAGACCAAUCUUCUUCUUCGACAUUGACAAUUGCCUGUACUCCCGAGAAUGCAACAUUCACGAUGAGAUGCAAAAGCUGAUCAGUGAGUUGCACCCAUAACUACAACUACAACACCGACAACCAACAACCAACAACCACAACCACAACCCGAACCCCCACGCUCAACCACUCACUGUACUGUACACCUCA